GAGCCCACGUCCAGUGCGAUUCGAAAUGGUGGUCGCCCAAAUUUCACGAUCGCCUUGAAGCCCGAAUUUGACGACGUACACCCGCCCCGACUAACCCAAUAGCCAGGAACAGCCGUCAAGAUGGUCGCCGCAAAGAAGCACGUUCCUAUCGUGAAGAAGCGCACGAAGCUCUUCAACCGCCACCAGAGCGACCGCUUUAUGCGCGUUGAUCGAUCAUGGCGCAAGCCCAAGGGUAUCGACAACCGCGUCCGCCGUCGCUUCAGGGGUAACACUCAAAUGCCCUCGAUCGGCUUCGGCUCCAACAAGAAGACCAAGUACAUGAUGCCCUCCGGCCACAAGGCCUUCCUCGUCAGCAACGUCAACGACGUCAACCUCCUGCUGAUGCACAACCGCACCUACGCUGCCGAGAUCGCCCACAACGUCUCGUCGAGAAAGCGCAUCGACAUCAUCGGCCGCGCCAAGCAGCUCGGCGUCAAGGUCACGAACCCCAAGGCCAAGGUCACCACCGAGGUCUAAGCGAAGAAGAUGUAAAAAGUUUUCUUCUCAAGUGGGUUGCGUGUGGAGGAAAAUCAGCUGUUCGGGGCGAGGGGGUUCGGUUUUCAUCGCCUGGUUACUUGCGUUGUGCUCUCAUAUCCAGGGAACGGGAAUGCAUCGGAAACGGUUUCUGCGAUGAUUCAGGGCUGGCGGCUUGGCAUGGCUCGUACCGUUGUGCUAGGAAAUACAAAAAAACAACCGCAGCAAAAAUUCAACGACUUGACGUUCACUCAGGCGUGUGUUCUCUUACUACUACCGUCGAUUGACAAGAAUAAGGCGUUGGGUGGGAUGGAAAACAGGAUCCUUCAUAUGCUCGGUAAUUCGAGAAUAUCACCAACCCCUUUGGCCCCUGCAUUAUUUUGAAAUAUCCUGCACGAGUGACAUUCCAUGUGGUC